AACAUUUUAUAUAAGUUAACAUUUAUUGUGUUUUCAUUUAAUUUAAUUCGUAUUUAAUAAGAAAAAUAUUGCCAAUUAUUUAUGUGAUACUUAAGUAUUUAAAUUCAAAUUCGUGUAAAAAUUGUCUGAACAUCAAAAACGUACAAUCAAUUUCAACGUAUGGUAAACAAAAUUUAAGAAAAUGAUGGCAAAGCAUUAGCGUAAUAAUGAAAGUAUAUUUUUUGUUUGAAUGUGCUCGCAAUCUUUUUAAAGAUUCUGGAAACUUGCUCGCGAAGAUGGUUGUAUGUAAAAAAAUAAGAAGAAAAUAAUGAAUUACGUUUCCUAGGUUAUAAAACAACAAACAACUUGUGAGCAAAGACAUGGAGAAUCAAAUCCAUUCUGAAUUAAUUAUGAAAGAAGAGGAAGAUGAAGAAGAACAAGAAUCUAACAAUAGUACAACUGAAACUAAGAAUAUUGGACGCGACGGAGUAGAAUCAACAAUUGGUAUUAGACCAAGGCCUUUAAUUUGUAAGCCAGAGAAUGUUAAUAUAGGAUGUAAAUCUGAGCCUAUAGAAAAUAAAUGGCAAUGGGCUCCAGGAGCAUGGCAAGAUGCUACAAGAAUGAGUGCAUUUCAACCGUAUAAGCCUCCUACUUUGCUCACAAAUUUACAACGAGGUAACACACAAACAGAAAUACCUCAACUUUAUGGUGGUAGUGAUAUUACAUUUCACACAUUAGCUGGUCAAGAUACUGUAGAUACACCUGAUGAGAAGGGUUUAACUGGUCUCAUGUGGGCUGCCGGAUAUGGCCAGUUGGGCAGUGCAAGGCAAUUACUUAAAGCUGGUGCUAAUAAAAAUUACCGUGGACUCAAUGGAGAAACACCUUUGCAUUUGGCAGCUGCUUAUGGACAUCAUGAUGUUGUAAAAUUGUUGUUAAACCAUGGCGCAGAUUCGAAUGCAAGCGACGAGGAAGGUAAUACGCCAUUGAUAUAUGGAGCACAUGGUGAUCAUCCCCAUGUUUGCUAUGAAUUAUUAUCAAGAGGAGCUGAUGUUACGCGUCGUAACAUGUAUGAUAUAAGCGCUUAUCAUGCAGCAGUAUUAAAUAAUUCAUUAACUGCGAAAGCAGUUAUUGAAAAUUAUCUAUUACAACAAGUGAUAAAUGUACCACCUGACAUAUUGCAAUAACAUUUCAAUAAACAUGUUUUAUUUUCA